AAAUCGUAAUAAAUGGUCAACUUCCACUUGUAAAAUACAGUCGAGCCAUUCUCCUACGUCAUAGUUGCGCGACGCGGCGUGCAGGGCUGUCUGUGAAGGACGCCGACGGGAAGCUCGGGAUGAAAUAAGUCAAACGUAAAGGAGGACCUUGUGAUGGCGUUGACGUGUCUGACCCGAGCUCUUCGCGCCCUGACGCUCUCCCAGCCCGCGCUGCUCUCCUCUCAGGUGGCGGCACAGUGCGAGCUGCGAGCCCGGCGGGUGCCCUCCUCAGUGGGCCCGUGCCGAGGCUUCCUCACCACGGCGCCUCUGGAGCAGAACAAGACAUUCUGGAAGCAGAGGGAGAAGUACACCGUCAAACCCAUAGGCAUGAAAAAGACAGGAGGCCGAGAUCACACAGGAAGGGUACGGACGCACGGCAUCGGCGGUGGCCAUAAACAAAGGUACCGGUGGAUCGACUUCCAGAGACUGCGCCAUGAACCAGGCAAAGAGACCCAGUCCUUUUUCGAGGAGAAGAUUGUGGAAGUGCGAUACGACCCGUGCAGGUCUGCUGACAUCGCCCUGAUUGCUGGAGGCAACCGUAAGAGAUGGAUCAUCGCUACGGAGAACAUGCAGGCUGGAAAUGUCAUUAAAACAUCUGGAGCUAUUGGACGCAUGGCAGUCUUAGCCAAUGAAGGUGAUGCCUACCCACUUGGAGCUCUUCCCGUGGGUUCACUGGUGAACAACCUGGAGAUACAACCAGGGAAGGGAGCAGAGUACAUUCGUGCAGCAGGCACAAGUGGUGUUUUGCUGCGUAAAGUGAACGGAACAGCCAUCGUUCAGCUCCCUUCAAAGCAGCAGGUUCAGGUACUGGAGACUUGCAUGGUAACGGUGGGACGUGUAUCCAACAUUGACCACAACAAACAGAUCAUUGGCAAAGCUGGUCGCAAUCGCUGGUUUGGCGUCCGCCCCUCGAGCGGCUUGUGGCAGAGGAAGGGCGGCUGGGCAGGACGCAAGAUCAGAGCGCUGCCUUCGAUGAAGAGCUACGUAAACCUGCCCCCAAUCACAGCUGGAUAACAUGACUGGAGUCUGUUGUAUCAUCACCUUGUAAUAUUAUUCUGGUCUGUAUGAAAUAAUAUGAAUAAAGACACAUUUUUUGUA